AUGUUGCGGUUACUAAAGGGCUGUGACGGUCCAGCAGACCCUACGACCCUACUCGCCCUGGCAGUGUGCUGGGACGAGGACACCCUCACGGCAGUGUUUGGCAGCGCCACUAACACCAACAGCAGCGCCACUAACACCAACAGUAGCACCACUAACACCAACAGCAGCGCCACUAACACCAACAGCAGCGCCACUAACACCAACAGCAGCGCCACUAACACCAACAGUAGCGCCACUAACACCAACAGCAGCGCCACUAACACCAACAGCAGCGCCACUAACACCAACAGCAGCGCCACUAACACCAACAGCAGCGCCACCAACAGCAGCGCCACUAACACCAACAGCAGCACCACUAACACCAACAGCAGCGCCACCAACACCAACAGCAGCGCCACUAACACCAACAGCAGCGCCAUUAACACCAACAACAGCGCCACUAACACCAACAGCAGCGCCACUAACACCAACAGCAGCGCCACUAACACCAACAGCAGCGCCACUAACACCAACAGCAGCGCCACUAACACCAACAGCAGCGCCAUUAACACCAACAGCAGCGCCACUAACACCAACAGCAGCGCCACUAACACCAACAGCAGCGCCACUAACACCAACAGCAGCGCCACUAACACCAACAGAAGCGCCACUAACACCAACAGCAGCGCCACUAACACCAACAGCAGCGCCAUUAACACCAACAGCAGCGCCAUUAACACCAACAGCAGCGCCAUUAACACCAACAGCAGCGCCACUAACACCAACAGCAGCGCCAUUAACACCAACAGCAGCGCCACUAACACCAACAGCAGAGCCACUAACACCAACAGUAGCGCCACUAACACCAACAGAAGCGCCACUAACACCAACAGAAGCGCCACUAACACCAACAGCAGCGCCACUAACACCAACAGAAGCGCCACUAACACCAACAGCAGCGCCACUAACACCAACAGCAGCGCCACUAACACCAACAGAAGUGCCACUAACACCAACAGCAGCGCCACUAACACCAACAGCAGCGCCAUUAACACCAACAGAAGCGCCACUAACACCAACAGCAGCGCCACUAACACCAACAGAAGCGCCACUAACACCAACAACAGCGCCAUUAACACCAACAGCAGCGCCACUAACACCAACAGCAGCGCCAUUAACACCAACAGCAGCGCCACUAACACCAACAGCAGCGCCACUAACACCAACAGAAGCGCCACUAACACCAACAGCAGCGCCACUAACACCAACAGCAGCGCCAAUAACACAAACAGAAGCGCCACGAGGAUUUGA